GCGAGUCCCCAAGUACAGGUUCUGAUGGCGACCGCGGCGCUGACAGACCGGGCCCAGGCCCCGGCGUUCAGGCCAGCGGAGCGUGCACGUGUGAGAUCCCCACUUCUGGCAGCCAAGGGAGUGAGGUGUAGAAGGAAGUUCCAAGCAGAGGGUCCCGCACGUGCAAAAGCUGGGAGGGGAGACUGAGCCUGGGUGGUUCCGGAGCUGAGCUUCCUGACGGCCUGAUGGCCUUUGAGGAUGUGGCCGUGUACUUCUCCCAGGAGGAGUGGGAGCUCCUGGACGCAGCCCAGAGGGCCUUGUACUGCCACGUGAUGUUAGAGAACUUCGCGCUUGUGUCCUCGCUGGGACUCUCUGCCUCACGACCCCGGGUGGUCCUGCAGCUUGAGCGUGGCGAGGAGCCCUGGGUUCUCAGUGGGACAGUUGUGACACCAGCCAGGAAUGCCCAGAGAAAGCCCAGCCCUGGUCCCUGUCAUCUGGCAUAUGACAAGGUUGUUCCUGAAGCAGCUUUGCCAGUGACCUUCCAGAAUGGCUCCCUUCCAGCACCUACCUUCACAGGCACCUGCGAACGUGGGAAAAGCUCAGUGGGUUGGCAGGGCACCUCCCUCUCUCAGGAGAAAAAGUCCACAGGCGUGUCGGUAAUCUAUUGGGAAAGGCUCCUGCUGGGUCCUGGCAGCGGGGAAGCCAAUGUCAGUCUGCGGUUAACCUCUCCACUGAGGACUCCUGAGGACAGCCCGCCUAGGGAGAAAGCCCUCAUGAACCGCCCCAUGCCAGACAAGCAGCCGAGGCCAUAUGGGGGCCAGAAGCCAUUUGGGCAGGAUGGCCCUGGAAGAGGCUGCCCCCAAAUUCCAGAAUUUGAGGCUGGUCUCACCUCUGGGGAAAGAGAAAAGGGUGGAACUAGCCUCAAGCCUCAUGGACUCCCUGCUAGCCAAGAGCCCCCCACCUGGGAUCAGCUGGGCAAGGCCCUCCACACAGGCCCCAGCUUCCUGUCCGGGGAGAAGCCCUUCGAAUGCAGGGCGUGCACCAAAGUGUUUCUGAAGAGCUCUGACCUGCUCAAGCACCUGCGCACCCACACUGGAGAGCGGCCAUACGAGUGCUCUCAGUGUGGCAAGGCCUUCAGCCAGACAUCACACCUGACGCAGCACCAGCGCAUCCACAGCGGUGAGACACCCUAUGCGUGCCCGGCCUGUGGCAAGGCCUUCAGGCAUAGCUCCUCGCUGGUGCGGCACCAGCGCAUACACACCGCUGAGAAGUCCUUCCGCUGCAGCGAGUGCGGCAAGGCCUUCAGCCACGGCUCCAACCUCAGCCAGCACCGCAAGAUCCACGCAGGCGGGCGGCCCUACGCAUGUGCUCAGUGUGGCCGCCGUUUCUGCCGCAACUCGCACCUGAUCCAGCACGAGCGCACGCACACGGGUGAGAAGCCUUACACCUGUGCCCUUUGUGGUGCCGCCUUCAGCCAGGGUUCGUCCCUCUUCAAGCACCAGCGCGUGCACACGGGUGAGAAGCCCUUCGCCUGCACACAGUGUGGCCGCGCCUUCAGCCACAGCUCUAACCUCACGCAGCACCAGCUGCUGCACACUGGGGAGCGGCCCUUCCGCUGCGGGGACUGUGGCAAGGCUUUCGCCAAGGGCGCAGUGUUGCUCAGCCACCGACGCAUCCACACGGGUGAGAAGCCCUUUGUGUGCGCACACUGCGGCCGUGCCUUCCGCGAGCGCCCGGCCCUGUUCCACCACCAGAGGAUCCACACGGGAGAGAAGCCCGUGCGGCGACCGCGCCGUGGGGCGGGCCUGUGCCCCCAGGCCAGGCCUUCUUCAGGGGCACCAUCAGAGGGCACGCUGGGCAGAGUAGCUGGGCCCACUCCCACCUCAGGCCCACCGGCAGUUGCGAAGCCUGCCGACGCCUGAGCUCACAGCUCCAGCCUCCCCCAGGCUGUGGGAAAAUGCCCUUGUUCCCUGCACAUUCUGGAGAAGCCCUGUGCGUGCCCUGUGGUGCCGUCUGCACAUGGUGACGAUAUUUGCCAUUUCAGCACCAGCUCACUCCAACUCUAAGAGAUCUGACUACAGAAAGAUCAGGGGGAUGGACGUGGAGGCUGGGACUUUGGUGGGCAGAGACUGGGCAAUCAGAGUGCCGCUUCAUGCCUGUUAUGACUGUGAGCACUCAGGUGAGGAGGGGAAUGCUGGAAUGUUGGGGAGGCAGUCCUAGCAAUUUCUGCCGCCCGCGCACGUACUGGCCAACAGGCUGACCCUCAGGAUAUUCUCUCAAGACCUCCGUUCAUCAGAGGCUUCUGGGAGCGGGCCCAGUGGAUAGGAAGUCAGGCUGGGGUCUGGUGUUGGCCUUGGGCUCUGAGCCUGAGUUUCCACCUCUGGGGGAAAGAAAGGAAGAGAGAGGGAGAGAGAGUCAGGCUACAGAGGGUAUUUGCAGCACCGUGACAAGCAGGAUCUCGAUAAGGGCCAACAUGUGCCAACUGCCAGUCCUGUGAGAUGGCUGCUAUGGCUGGUAUCCCCACUUCCCAGUUGAGGAAACUGAGGCAGAGAGUGGGAGUGUGCUGCUGCACAGAGCAGAGCCCAGGACUUAAAUCCAGGUCACAGGCCCAGCUCAUCUCUCUGCCCCCAUGCUCUGGCACUCGUGCUCUAGUCUGCCAGUGUGAAGGCUGGGCGAUGCCAGGCCUGGCUUCCUGCACAUGGCAGUCCCACAGGACGUGGAGGAAGUAGAGGUGGAGGUCCCUGGGGUGGGAGGAGGGAGACAAACAUCAAUGUGUUCAUUCAGGUUUCACCCAAGCCUCAGCCCUGGCCAUGCCCUGUUGUUACCAAAGUCACCAUUACAGGGGUGUUUAUAUCCCCACUGCCCUGGUGAGAGGUGACCGCGAUAACAGGUUGGAGGAGACCAGAUGGGACUACUUGUUUCUGCAGGGUCAGUGGGCAGGUGCCCACCUGUUCUCUUCCCUCAGUUGGAAAGAGGAUUUGCUGUUACCUAAGGCCACGUGUGUGUGAUGCCCUCCCAUCGUGGGACACCUCCACGUGGCUGGGACACGUGGUGGACUGGGGCCCAGGUUUCUCCCUGCGGCCCUCAGCAGAGCAGGCCCUGUCUUGACCUCAGGCCUCACCCCUAGGGAUGUUAGUGGUCUCUUUUCUUGGGAACAAAAAAGAAAAGACCAAAAAUUAUAAGUUGGAGUGGAUGUACAUUGUGUAAAUCCCUGCACAGCACUGUGGAAAUCCACAACCUCAGUCUCUCCUCCCAGCCUCCAGGUCAUGGUUCAGACAGCUUUAACAACACAGUCUAGAGAGGCUUCCUGAUAAAAAUUUCUUUGUCAAACA